CCGGCCCCUGCUGUCAAUCACACAUUCCCCCCGACCCGACCCGACCCGACCCGACCCGACCCGUCGCCAUGGAGCUGGACUUCGGCCACUUUGACGAGCGAGACAAGUCGUCCCGGACCGGCCGGGGCGGGCGGACGAACGGGCUGCCCAGCCCCACCCACAGCGCCCACUGCAGCUUCUACCGCACACGCACCCUGCAGGCGCUCACCAACGAGAAGAGGGCCAAGAAGGUGCGCUUCUACCGCAACGGCGACCGCUACUUCAAGGGCAUCGUGUACGCCGUGGCCGCCGACCGCUUCCGCACCUUCGACGCGCUGCUGGCCGACCUCACGCGCUCGCUCUCCGACCACAUCAACCUGCCGCAGGGCGUGCGCUUCAUCUUCACCAUCGACGGGGCCAGGAAGGUCACCUGCAUGGACGAGCUGGAGGAAGGCGAGAGCUACGUCUGCGCUUCGGAGAACUUCUACAAGAAGGUGGACUACACCAAGAACGUCAACCCCAACUGGUCGGUGAACGUGAAGGCCUCGGCCAGCCAGAAGAACCUGCAGGCGCUGGCCAAAGGGGGCGCCAGCGGCGACCCGCGGGACGCCAAGGAGUUCGUGCGGCCCAAGCUGGUGACGGUGAUGCGCAGCGGGGUGAAGCCGCGGAAGGCCGUGCGCGUGCUGCUGAACAAGAAGACGGCGCACUCCUUCGAGCAGGUGCUCACCGACAUCACCGAGGCCAUCAAGCUGGAGAGCGGGGUGGUGAAGAGGAUCUACACGCUGGACGGCAAGCAGGUGACAUGUCUGCAGGACUUCUUCGGCGACGACGACGUGUUCAUCGCCUGUGGGCCGGAGAAGUUCCGCUACGCUCAGGACGACUUCUCGCUGGAUGAGAACGAGUGCCGGGUGAUGAAGGGGAACCCUAAAGGCGGUCUGCAGAAGGCUAAGAGCCCCGGACCCAUCCGCCGCAGCAAGUCCCCCACCGAGUCCACCAAUGGGACAGGCUCCAGUAGUCAGUUGUCCACUCCGAUCUCCAAGCAAUCUCCCAUCUCUACCCCCACCAGCCCUGGCAGCCUGCGUAAGAACAAGGACCUGUAUCUGCCCCUGUCUCUGGAGGAUGAAGACUCAAUGGGGGACUCCAUGUAGAGUCACGUCUGAGCCAGCGCCCCCUCCCUGUCCUGUGUCACAUGACCCGUCGCCAUGGCACUGCCAUCUCAUCGCCACGCCGACUCCAGUGUCCGACAGCCCCGUCCAUGUGCUCCGUCCCCUGCGUUGCGUGUAAAAAUGUCCCCUGCGUUACGUGUAAAAACGUCCUCCUCACACAAGCACUGGCUGCUUGGUUCCUUUUGCUGCUUCUGAAUUCUCAACUGAACCAUUUCACAUUCACAUCUUUUUAUUUCCUGCCAAAUGUGGGGGAACUAUUUUGGGAUUUCCAUGUUAUGCAGACUUUACUGCCCUGCUGAAAAAACUGCUUUAGCUAGGUUUUGAAAUGGCUGGUAGCUGGUUGACCAGUUCAGACCAGCUCCCAGCUUGACAUGGUUUGACCAGCUCAAGUUAUGUUUUGAAACAGACAAACUACCAGCACUAGCUGGUUGACCAGCUCAUACCCAGCUAGACCAGCUUUAUGACCAGCUUGGCCAUGCUGGUUGACCAGCUCAUACCCAGCUAGACUAGCUUAUUACCAGUUAACCAGCUCAAUUUUCAAGCUGACAUAGCUGGAUUUUGCAGCAGGGUGGUUAUACAAAUUAAACUAGUAACUUUUCUUGGUGACAGAGUAGAACAUCCAGUAUGUUAACGGUCAUUGUCAUUUUUAUCUGUGUACUGUAUGUGUGUUUGCAUAUGCAGACACGUUCUAUGUGUGCCUGUGAAUGUGUGUAUUUGUAUCUGCGUGUGGGUGUGUGUGAGAGUUUGCAUGUCAAAAACAAGAUAUUUAUUCAACCAGAACACAUUCCUCUCUACAACGUUUGGUCAUGUCAUGAGUAAUUGGAUCUUUCAUGCAGUUGUUGAAUUCUAAGCAGCAAAAAUAUGUUCAGGGGUGUGGCGGUCUGACCUGAGUUGUUGCAUUAGCGAUCCGUAAUCUUCUUCUUUCUGGUCCUUUCGCAAGCACUUCAUCCUCACAAUUCAAAGCUGUAGACGUAAACCCUGUAGACAAUUCAGAAAGGUUUUUCCUGUGUACAUAUUGUAUAGUCAUCGCUUCAUUCCUGUUAACGUGUAGAAGUCACGACGCGUCGUCAUCACACUCGUCACAGAAACGGUGGAACUAGAGGGAUAGAGAGGCACCGCGCAGCAUGGGUGCGUCUCUGCAAGGCACUGCGGGAUCAUGCUCUGGAACGCCUUCCAACGGCCGUCCCAGGGGCAUGCGGGGCAGAGACGCGUAGUUUCAGCGGUCUGCGAGUAGGCUAGAGCACAUUUAGGGCUUCCAUCACGCUGAGGAGGAGACGCACAGACGAGACAAGUGGAGUAAAGCCGCUAAUAGACGAACGUGAAAUGCGUCUUUGAAUUUUCUGAUAAUUUGGGAGUGCGUCCACAUCAGGAAUGGUUCUACCGUUCUCCAUUAAAGCAUCGUCAGUGUGAAGUAGAAUUUUGUACGUUUUACCGUCAUUAUGAGGCAGUGGGUUGACGCUGAAUUCGACCCUGGUACAGACAAUUAUUUUACGGUGGUUGUGAUCCUUCCUUAAUUUUAUGGAUGCAUCAUACUAUGUUACGCAUCCCUCUGUUGACUAUGAUGGAUGAGUCCCUCUGUGGCUGGGGUAGCAAUACAUUGUCCCUGUUUCAGAUAAUCACAGAUACCAAGACCCUGAGAUAUUUGAAUAGCGUACUGUAGAGGUGUUUUAAUUUAUACCCUGGUUAUUAUUACAGCCAGAGCAUGUGGCCCAGUGACGUCAAUUUAUCAAAUGAAACCUUUAAAAUUCUCAAAUUAUGUUUAUGAAAUUGCAAAAAAUGCAUAUGAAAUAUUAUUUGCAUUGUAAUUUAAGUUGUAUAAACGGAAUGGACCAGUAAAAUGUCCGGUGUUGAUUCAACAGAGUGCAUUGGGACCAUAUGUACUCCGCAUGAGUUCAUUUAGCACUGAAGAUGUCACUGUGUGGUAGAGGUGGACUAACUCUAGGAUUUUACACAUUUGUAGCUGGACAUAAAGCAGUCCUCUUGGGUAAUUUAAUCUAGUCAGGGUCACCCUCGAGGAUAGUAUGAUGAACCAGUUGGCACAGCUAAGGGCAGAGACACCAGAAUUCAGUCCAUGGCUUCUCAUUGCUCACGUCUACAGACGGAAAAAAAGCAACACACGGGCGCAAGUCUUUCUGCUACACCUCUGUUUAUUCCCCCGAGAGCACCGCAACGUCUGUACGAACGUAAACGCGUGUUCUCGCGGCAGGGCGCUUUUUUUAAACAUGUAAAAAGGUAUUUCUGUCACGUUUUCUGGGGGGAAUUUCGAAAACUUUUUAUCCAACCUGUUGUAUCAUGUUUUUUCGCCCUACUACAUUUUUCUACUGUGUGACAUUAACGAUGUGGGUUUUUCCUGUGAAGCUCCGAGCAUCACGAGAGAGGCGCUGAGAGUGCCCCUCUCCUUUGGUGCCUUUUUUAGAUGGUGACCUUUUGAUAAAGUGAACAGAAACACAGGCCUUUCAUUUUGCUGAUGAGCAGUUUGUAACCGUUUUUAAAUGUCUGGACUUUUUGGACUAACUUCAGUGCAGUGUAAGCUUUCAUGAUCUGUUUAUUACAUCUUGUUUUAACGGGAUACUAGGAAACAAUUGCGCAGGACGAUGUGUGUUUUUCUGCUUUUUUGGGUUGACUAGGAAAAUGCUCUUUGCUAUGUUACAAGUGGUUUCUAUCUAUGUAUUAAUAUAAUCCAUUUUGCAAUUAAAAGAUUCGUAUUCCA